CUCUCUCUCUCUCUCUCUCUCUCUAAGGCUCCACUACAGAGAAAUGACUCAGAAACUGUAGUUUCUUUCUCAUAAAACUGCAAAAAUCUUCUCUUCUGCUCAGAGACAUGUGGCCCAUAUCCUCUGCUCUCUUCCCUUUUCUCUCUCUACGCCUUCAGUUUUCCCACAAAAACUUACAUCCAGUCGAGAGAUUUUCAUAAAGGAUUUAACCCAUUGUAGAGAGAGAAAGCCCACUUUGUUGCAUAAAGGAGGCUUUCUAUAUCUAAGGACCAAAUGCUUGUCCAUGAGCUCCUCUGGUUCGAACCCCUUGGAAGAAGAGAACGUAGCUUCCGGCGGGGCAUCCAGCUUCUGCAUCAUAGAAGGACCCGAGACAGUGCAAGACUUUGUUCAAAUGCAGCUGCAAGAAAUUCAAGACAACAUAAAAAGCCGUCGUAAUAAAAUUUUUCUGCUCAUGGAGGAGGUCAGGAGAUUACGAGUACAGCAGCGAAUAAAGAGCUCUGAGUCAGUCGUUGAAAGUAGUGAGGAAAAUGAAAUGCCUGAGAUUCCAUCAUCUAUUCCUUUUCUCCCUCAUUUGAAUCCAACAAAUUUGAAGGAACUAUAUCUCACAUCCUUUUCAUUUAUAUCUGGGAUCAUUGUAUUUGGUGGCCUCCUUGCUCCCAUUGGCUUGGGACCGCUUGAGCUUAAACUUGGAUUGGGUGGUACUUCCUAUGAAGAUUUCAUACGCAACAUGCACUUACCACUGCAACUAAGUCAGGUGGACCCCAUAGUGGCAUCCUUCUCUGGUGGAGCAGUGGGUGUCAUUUCAGCUUUGAUGGUGGUUGAAAUCAACAAUGUUGAGCAACAAGGGAAGAAACGAUGCAAGUAUUGUCUCGGCACUGGAUAUUUAGCAUGUGCUCGGUGUUCCGGAAGUGGUAUGUUUCUGAGCAUUGAUCCAAUCAUGAUCUCUGGCGAUUGCAAUAGCCCUUUGCGUGUACCCACGACUCAAAGGUGUUCCAAUUGCUCAGGUGCUGGCAAGGUUAUGUGCCCUACAUGCCUUUGCACAGGAAUGGCGAUGGCGAGUGAACAUGAUCUACGUAUAGACCCCUUUGACUGAUACAUAAGAGUGAUGGAUUUUAUGUGGGUGACCCUUCAGUAAAAGCUUAGUUAUUAGUUCAUAAAUUACUUCUCAUGUAAAUUCGCAGCUUGAGCCUCUAGAUUUAAUUUAAAAAACCAGAAAUUGAGAAGGAUUUUUA